AAAUCUCAUCCUACUGAGAAAAAAAUGACAAUUUGUAUGUGUAUGCAUAAUACAAAUAAAGAAUCAUGUGAAACAUUGGUGCUUAGCGCCGCAUACUCAGUUCUUCAUGAACAUUAAACUUCCCUUCUUAAUUUGUUAACGUCCCAGUAUAUGUUCUAAAUAGACUAGGAAGACACAAAUUGCAAAAUCUCCUCCCCGGUCCCAAAUAAUCCCAACUCAUUUAUAUUUUAUUCAGACUUACAUGAAUCACUUGUGGAACUCAGCCUUACAAAACUCAACCUCUCCAGUUUUGGAUUUUGUGUGUAAAGGUUCCCAGUUGAAAAAAAGAAAAACUUACUGAAACUACAUAUCAUAAAGGAAAGAAAUAGCCAAGAUAAAAACUAUGAUGCCAUGCUUCAAGUUCAAAUGCAUAAAUAAUAGUAGAAUUUCAUGUGCCGGAAACAAUACUAACAAAUGAAAACACUGAAAUCCUUAACAACCCAAAAACUACAACGAUACGUCAUUAAAAUAUAAACAAACUCUUAACAUAAAACAGUGCAAGGCCCAUAUAAUGUCCUGUUAAAUAAAGGUAAUUGCUGCUUGGGGCCUGCAAAUGCUUCAGUGUCUUAAGGAGUAUGGAUUUGUCAACCUGCUUUGGUUUAUUUGUAAUGAAAGUUCCAUGUAGGCAAAAAACUUGGAUCUUAUGCCCAGCAUCCAGCACAAAAGGGAGUGUAAAUUUCAAGCAAGAAAAUGCUGUUGCAGUCAGUAAGAGGGCUACUGGCUCUGAGAAAAAGAGCGUAUCAUUCGUACGCUCCAGGCAGUAGCACCUCCUGAUAAAGUUGUCUCUUAGAAUAGGUUAAGAAAUUGGACCAUUUUGAGAGUCUCCCAGCGAAUAAAUUAUCAUGAGGUUUGACACCUUGUUUGGAUGCUGAGUUGGAGGGGUGAAGGAAUGGCUUAGUUUGUGAAAUCAGUGUAGUCUAAAUUUCUUGAUUGAUGACCCAAAGAGCAAAGUAAAUGGCCUGUUCCACCAUUUCUUGUUAGAGAAUUAAUCGAACCUUUUUUUCUCUUGUAAUAAGGUUUUCUAAUAAGUCCUUGCUGCUGCCUGUUUGGGGGGCAUUUUUUUGAAAGAAAGGGAGUAUGUGGUUUAACAGUCCAAAUCAGCUGGGUCCUGAUUCCAGCCACUGACCUAGACUUGUCCCCUGUCUGUCAGAAGGCCUGGCUCCCUUCUUCAGUGAGGCUGGGACAGAAUUUGGGGUCUCGGAGAGAAGCCUGGUUGACGGAUGGAGUCGUUGCUGCCAUGAGCUGCUCUGUUAGCCAGAAGGACAUUGCCACUUAAUGAAGCUAUUUCCCCUUCCCCUGGUGCCUUUCCUCCUUUUACCUGGAAGUGGACCCUUGUUAUAACAUGUAGGUAAUAACAGUCUCCCACGAGACAAUAGUCGAUGCGCCCUUUCCCCAAAACAUUACAAGCUGUAUAAUUUGGAUCAAAAAGCAAGAACUAGACCCUUAGUGUCUGUUUGAAAGGCAAUCAAUCUUCAAGAAAGCAGGCCUGACAUCACUCUUUGUGACAGUUCUUGAAACAGCAAAGUGACACAGCAGAGGUCUGGGUCUCGUAAAAGAACUGGCGGUUAAUAAGGCACCAAGGCAGCUUGGCUGUCACCACUGAUCUAUGGCCCCAGGAGGUCUUUUUGCUGUAGACCCUCUUCUUCCUGGCACUCACUCCUGAGCCUACCUUGAGCCCUACUUAAGACCAGGUGAAGACCCUGAGCCCCCAUGGAAAUGGCCCCCACCACCUGAGGUGUGGAAGAGCCCAGGGUGCAUCUCUGAGCAGAAAGGCCCCCAGUCUCCCCACAGGCUCCAGGAAAGGGCGGGAACUGGACAGAAGGGCCGUGGUGUGUUGCCUCCUGGAAAGUUUCUGCCUUGUGUCUGGGCUUUGCAGUGUACAGUUGUCGGCUGCCUCUGGCCCUGAAGCCCUGGCUCCUGUUUAAUAUUCUGCCUGCUCCGUGGAUGUUGUGCUUGGCUCCUGUGGGACUGCAACUCACGGCUUGAAACUGGAGCCAAUUUUCUGUCUUCAUCUCUCAGUGUUUUGACUGGAGGCAGAUCCAGUUCAGGCCGAUCAGGGCUGGUGGAAACAACUACCAAGUGUGUCUCUGUCUGCUCCGCUUUGGGGGAAGAAAGUGGCGGGAGCCCCAGAAUGUUGUAGAGGAGCCGGCCCUGCAGAAAGAGAGGAAGAGGGGGCAGCGGGCAGCGGAACAGACUGAACCUGAGAGCAUCAGUAGGGAUUACGAUCUGAGGCUGUCAGAGAUGACUCUGGUUCUGUCCAUGAAUAGAUUCUGCGAGCCCAUUGUCUCGGAAGGAGCUGCAGAAAUUGCCGGGUACCAGACACUAUGGGAGGCUGACAGCUACGGAGGCCCGAGCCCCCCAGGGCCAGCACAGGCUCCUCUGCAGGGAGACCGGGGAGCUGGUCCCCCGCUGCCAGGAGCACAUUACAGGGGAAUUUCAAAUCCUAUAACAACAUCCAAGAUCACAUACUUUAAGAGGAAGUAUGUGGAAGAAGAGGAUUUUCACCCACCACUCAGCAGCUGUAGCCAUAAAACCAUCUCAAUUUUUGAGGAACGAGCCCACAUCCUUUAUAUGUCCUUAGAAAAGCUAAAGUUUAUCGAUGAUCCUGAAGUGUACCUCCGAAGAUCUGUCCUUAUAAACAAUUUGAUGAAAAGGAUCCAUGGAGAAAUUAUCAUGCAGAAUAACUGGUGCUUUCCCACCUGCUCUUUCAAUGGCCCCUCGGCCCAGGAGUGGUUCAUGGCUCAAGACUGUCCUUACCGAAAACGACCUCGGAUGGCCAAAGAGGAGUGUGAAAAGUUUCACGCCUGCUGCUUUUACCAAGAAUGUGGUGGUCACUACCUAAAUUUACCCCUUUCUGUCAAUGCUAAUGUCGGAAGUGCCUCCACCACGGCCUCCUCUUCCUCCUCCUCCUCUGCCUCCUCAUCUUCCUCUUCCUCUCCCCCUCUGCCUUUACCGAGUUGUUCCCACCAGGUGGAUUUCGAUGUAGGGAGUGCACCUAUUUACAAGGGUGAUGGCCAGAUACCUGCCAGUGAAAUCUUUGUCACUAAUGUCAGGUCACUUGGUGUUCAGGAAAAGGCCAAAUUAAAUGAUGAGAAAGCAAGUAAUGACACCAACAGGGAUGGUGGCCCCCUACGCCAUGAACCUGUGGGAAAUGACCUUGAUUUUGAGUGCAAAGGCCAAUUUUAUGAUUAUUUUGAGACUGAAUAUAAUGAAAAAAACAAUGUAAGUGAGUCUUGGAAAAAGUCCUUAAGGAAAAAGGAGCCUUCACCAAGUAACAAACUGUGCUGCAACAAAGGAAGUAAAAUAUGAGCCAUCUUCUCACCGAAACUUUGAAGCAUGCACAGCAUGAUCAAUUAGCUCCCAUAAAUUUUAUUUUGAAUGGAUUUUAUAGUUUUGUACAACUGAUACAAUUAUGCCAUGAACAUGCCGUGUCGUUUUAAUGCCUGGAGAGCAGAUUGCAUAAAACAUCUGUAUAGUAGGCAUCAGCGAGCUACUUAUAAAUGUGGUGAUGUUACCGAGAAAACAGUUGACUUCAUGCUUAAAAGUAUAUGUUAGUUUUCUUACAGAAAAGAUCCGUAGAUUAGACUGGGGGCUGAUGUGCCCUUGUGAUAUUUCCACUACCCCCAAGGAGCCUGUCACUAGCGAAGAAACUUCCACAUGUUUGCCAAUUAAUUAGGUAGUUAUUUGGUAAGCAAAUCAAUAUAACCAGCAAAGGAUGUCUUGCUUCUUCUAUAUGAUACAGUAUUUUUUUCUGAAUAAAAGACUGAAGACAGGGAACUAGAUGAAAUGGCUUCAUGGUGCCGUUAAGUAUUUGGAUUCAUCAGUCAUGUGUGACAGAUGAAAGUAGGAUAGGACGGAAUGAAACACACCUAUCCAGGGGCAGUGACCAACAAUCGAGUAGAGGGUAAUCCCUGCAAGUCCCCGGCUUGCCCGUGAUAGGUGAUGAGGCUUUUAGAGAGGUAUGAUACAGGGCGAUUUUUGGUGCCUUACUUUAUCUUAAUUUUUGCCAAUGUGAAAAUUAAGGAUAAAUCAGAGUACAGCAGGGAUUUAACAAACAGGAAAAAAAACACACACAUACACACAGGGUGGACCUUCGAACAAUUGCAUUCAACUUUUGAUUCGACAUCUCUAUUCUUCCUUUAUUUUUGAUGCCCAGUUGCUUUUGGAUUUGGCAUUUUUGGAAAGGGAUGGAGGAAACGAUGGAGCUGUUAGAAACCAGCACUAGCUGCUCGAGCUUUUCUGUGGCAACGGUCUGUUGCUGGGGUUUGGGUUUUUUGGGUUUUGGGUUGUUUUGUUUUGUUUUCUUGUCCAAUGAAGUUCAUGAACCAGUGGCAUGCGUUAUACUUUAAUCUGUUUUGCAUUAUUUCACUCGUUUAGAUUAUAAAAGCAUGUGGUUUUUUAUAUAUGACUUUUGCUGUUGAUUAAGAAGCACAAUGUUAAUAAAUGAUGUGGUGAUCAAUAAGGUUUUAUCUUAAAGAAUGUAAAGAUUUUAGUUUGGGGAAAGUUAUUUUGGAGAAAUGGGACUCGGUCGGCAAAAGCUACUGUGUAUUUGGUCAACAUUUUUCUCAAUCAUGUCUUUAAUUUGUACAUUUGAAAGAGUGUUCAGAGUGCCCCUCUGACCAUCCUUCCUUCCACGCCAACCAGUUCCUCCUGCUAAACUGUAUUCCCAUUUCCAAGGUUACUCACUGACUCGGGCCUCCUUACACAAUUCUUCAUGGGAACCAAAUGCCAAACUGAGGAAAUAAGUAAGUCCUCCCAGUUUCUCCAAGAUAAAGCUUUUUUUAUUAUUGCUAUUAAUAUUAAAUAUAGGUCUCAUUCAUACAGUGUAUGAGUAGGAUCAUCAUUUGGACAAUGUCCACAAGGACCAAUUUUUAAAACAUGUUCUUGUGUUAUGGCUAAAUAGUCUAGUAAUGUUUUGUCCUUUAUUUUCAAUAUUUGAUAAACAUUUGAUGUUGAAAACUUAGAUGAUAGAUGCCUGUAUAUGAUUGUGUUGUUGUAAUAAAGUGAGGUUUUUCUUGAUAUAUAUUUAUUAAAAUGAUGAAAAUUCA